AUGUUAAUGCGUAGUCAGCGGCAUAAGUGCUACAUCCAGCAGCUUCUAUCUGCACAGAGGAUUGGGAGAGUUGAAUCCAGGCAGGACCCAGUGGAGCUGCUGAGCCUGGAUGUAGGGAUCUGUCCCCCUGUGAGAGCCUCAGACAGGACAGCAAGAGACUGCAACACAUCCAGAGAGACAGCCGGGAGCCUGCAUACUGGAACGGCCGGCACCUCACUAGCCAUGCGCUCCGUGUGUUUCCUCAUCUUCUGUGCCCAUGGACUCUUGGCCCAGCAGCAGCCGUAUGACCCAGCGUAUGACAACCCGACAGAUGCCCCAUAUUACUACGAUUAUGACGAGCAAUCUCUGGGGCCACAGCAGCCGAAUCAGCAGAUCCAGACGGGGUUCCAUGUCCUGACUCAGCCGGAUGUUCACCAGUCGUUGGAUCAGUUCCAGUACGUCCCCCAGCAGCAGCAGCAGACCCAGCAGGAGGUUAUCCCAGUCCCGACAUUCGAUACUUAUCAAACUGAACCAACAGAGCCGGGGCCCCUGGAUUGCCGCGAGGAGCAGUACCCCUGCACCCGCCUAUACUCCGUACACAAACCCUGCAAGCAGUGCCUGCAAGGGAUCUGCCUGUACAGCCUCCGCCGCAUGUAUGUGAUAAACAAAGAAAUCUGUGUGCGUAUUGUAUGUGCACACGAGGAACUCCUGAGAGCUGACCUCUGCAGGGACAAGUACCCGCGCUGCGGGGUGGUGGCAUCCACUGGCAUGUGCCAUUCUGUGGCCUCUCAGUGCAGCAAGAGCUGUGGCGGCUGCUAGAUGAUCCCGGUGCCACCAGCAAGGAGCCCCCGCCACCUGGCGCCGCCCGCAGUCAGUGUGAUUACUGGAGGGGUGGGAGGUGGUUAGUAGUAUUUCCCCGUAUCUUACUGUUUGUACUGUAUGUGCCACACUGAUGGGCACCGUCUGAGAUAUGAUAGCCAGCCCAGCACACUGCACUUCACCGCCAUGUCCUCCAAACUCUGCCUGGGACUGGUUUCCCCGGCGGCUGAGGGCUCCGAUUACGUUGCGGUCAGUCGCCUGCCGCGAUGUGAGAAUCUGCGGGACGUCAUUGUGUAUGAAGUUGGGUGACAAAGACACCGCGCGAUCACGGGUGCUUUCAGGAACUUUGCCAGGGGCCCCCCCGAGCUCCAGGCCCAUUCAUCAUGUACUGUAUUCCUGCCUGGCCACCCUCCUACUUACCCUGCUUCUUCAUUACUGUCCCCUCUGCUCCAUCGCACACUGGCCUCCAUCUUCAUCAUGCCUCCGGCCUCCAUCUCACUGCCCUCCCUGACCUCUAUUGCUCAAGUCUUCUUCUGACUUCACAUUCCAGCUUCCCAGAAUCACCACCCGCUUCACACUCACAUUAUGGGAUGUUGUGUUUUGUUUUUAUUUGACUUUUUUUUUUACUUUUUGUAAUUUUUUUGUAUAAAAGAUAAAUAAAGUGCAGAAUUUUAUCUUGUGCUGUA